GACCUACCAUGUAAAGAUUAGAAUCAGACUGGGAUAAGUAUAUGGCUAACAAAAACUAAAUAAAAAAAUUGUAUUGGUCGAUAUCAUCAUCUGUCUAGUUUAACAUUUAUAGAAUGGAUAAUAACUAAUUGUUCCCAUCAUGAAACAAGAUUUGAUAUUAAGCGUAGUAUCCAUUUAGCUAUGCUAUUACAGUAUAGACGAUAAACAGUGGUACCUUUAAAAAAUCAGUUGUUCCUAUUAUGUUUAGGAUUAUGGUAUCUAAAAUAUAUUUAGAAGCAAUAAGAUGCUCAUUCCAUUUGGUCUUUCCUGAUUGUAAUCACUUACCAGCAGACCGACGUCACGAAAAGUGUAUCGGCAGAUGAAAAAACAUUUUUUUCAAAUUUUUUAUUCCCAAUUCAAGUUCCAAAGGUGGGGACCCCUAGGCAGUUUUUUUUACUUUUUCUAGUUACAUUCUUACUUAUACAAUGGCUUCUAGAGCUUUAUUCAAGGCAGUCGCCUCUUCUAGAGGCAUGGCUGUUCGCCAAAACUGCUUUAGACCUUUGUCAACUGUCAACUCUUUAAGACAAUCCAUCUCCACCGAAUCGAACACUGCUGAAGCCGUUACUCCUGAAUCACUUGUUCCUACCACACCUUUAAAAAAAACUAUCCGUCAAUCAGUUGCCUCAGCUGUCGAGCCUGUUACACCCUAUAAUUUAUCCAUUUCCAGACUUAUGGCAGCUGGACUUCACCUUGGACAUUCAACCAGUUUAUGGGAACCUGCAACUCUUCCUUUUAUUUUUGGUACGCGUGAAGGUAUUAGUAUUAUCAAUUUGGAACACACCCUGGUCUAUUUAAGAAGAGCAUGUAAUGUUGCUCGCGAAGUAGCACUUCGUGGUGGUUCUAUUUUAUUCGUGGGUACACGUCCUGGAUUCCAGGAUUUGACUAUUGAAGCAGCUCGUUAUUGUGAUGGAUUCCAUGUUUCAUCAAAGUGGAUUCCUGGUACCUUGACAAAUAGACACCAAGUACUUGGUCGUCAUGCAGCACCUGACCCAGAGGAUCCUGGACGUCCACCAAAGACAUAUAAGCCUGAUCUUAUCGUCUUAUUGAACCCUCUUGAACAUAAAAUUGCUAUUUCAGAAGCUCAACUCAACAACAUUCCAAUCAUCGCUAUCACAGAUACAGAUUAUGAUCCUCGUCUCGUAUCAUAUCCUAUUCCCGCCAACGAUGAUUCAAUUCGAGGUGUGGAAUUAGUUGCAAAGGUCUUAUCAACUGCCGCAAGGGAUGGUUUACAUAGAAGAAAGCAAAUGCUUGACCAAAGAGAAAAGGAGAAGAAAUUGCUUAGAAAACAACAUUCUAGCAAGUAUUAAGCAACAAAUAAAGUGUGUAAAUUUAAUUGUAUAGAAAAAGCGAAUAAAACAUUAGAAAAAGUUUACUGGACUGGAGUCGCUCUUUUAAAUA